UUCAGCAGAUGAUGCUAUACAGAAUAUUAUUAUGACAAGACUGCUUAUAACUUUUUUGACAUGAUCAAGUACAUUUAUCAAAGAAUUUUUCAGAAGGAAUGACUUUGUGUUUCAUGAAAAAUUGCUGGAUGUAAAGAGCAGAAUGUCACAAAUUCCUGAUUACAGACAAAAUGUGUCACUGAAACUAUCUCAAGUAUUUGAUGAGAUUGGAGUUAAUGAGAAAAUUGUGUUAAAGAGAAGAAGAUUGAGACUACUGGAUGAAUCUUUAUUCACAAAAACACUCCAAUUACAUGAUAAGAAUGUUUCUGUGUAUUUCCUUGGUAGUCGAACAGAAGGUACAACAACACCAGACCUUGAUGCAGACAUGGACUGUCUUCACUGUGAGCAAGACAUUAAUGUGAUACCAGACUGGGUGGAAUGGGAACCUGGUGUAACAACUCUAUUGAUGAUCCAGGAUGAGACUGUAUCCCCAGGUUACUGUUUGUUACAGCGUCUGAGAGCAGAUACUCCUCUUCCAGUCAAUGAUGUACUGAAUGAAUAUUUUUACAGGGACAGAAGAGGAAGAAUACUGUUGAAGAAUACAGUAAUCAAUGUUUCUUCUUUUGAUGGAGCAGUUAGACAUGGUCCAGCACAAUCAACACAAGGAAUACAAGGCCGUCGGGAUAUUGAUUUUGUAACAGCUUUUCCCUGUAAAUUAUGUCCAGUAAAUAACAUUCAGCAAGGCCUUGAUGGAUGGCCUUCAACUGACAUGAAAAGAUACUGUAGCAGAGCUGGUUGUUUUGUUGUAGGGGUUGGAAAGAAAGGCAGUGAACCUGAGGAGCUUGAAUGGAGAAUAUCUACAUCUCUGGCUGAGAGGUGUUUAAUGUUCAAUCUGAAUAUUACACAGAUUCGGUGUUAUAUCCUAAUGAAAAUGAUUCUGAAAACUUUCAUCAGUCCAUUAUUUCAAGAUUCUAUUUCAAGUUUCAUGUGUAAAACUGUGUUACUCCGUUGUAUAGCAAAUACAUAUGCUCAUGAAUGGAGAGAGAACAAUUUGCUUACAUGCCUAACAUUCUGUUUGUCAACAUUACACAGCUGUGUUGUAAAUGAACUGUGCCCGCAUUUUUUCAUCCCUGAAAACAACUUAAUGGCAGGACAUUUUUCACCUGAUACUAAACCACUCAUACUUGAAGCACUUCAGUAUGUAGUGAACAGUAAUGGAAGAGCAUUACUCGAGAUUCAUUAUGAUGGACUUGGGUUUAGACUUGAAAGUAAGUUCAACGUUAUAUUUGGAAUAAGUACACAAGCUAUAUCCAUUCGUAUGUCAGGAUAUUUCUUAAAAGAGACUGAUGUGAAUAUUGAAAUUUUCACCACCAUGUUACUAUUGCGAACACAAAAUAGGAAACACAUCCUACAAGUAUUGCAGAUGUUAUUAACAUACAUAUUCAAGCUCCACAGGAAGUAUUUGUCAAGCCAAAGACAAGACAAAAUAGCGUGUACUUUAAUUGCACAACAGUUGUGUAAAACUCUAGGAUCUGUUCUAGCCUGCUCAAACAUUUAUCUUCAUGGCAAUGUGUCGAUAGAGGCUCUCGCAUGGAUGUCGUUUGGACUGAACUCUGAUGUUUCAUCUGGUAAACUGAAACUAGCAUCAGUGUUAUAUUGUGUGGAAGAUACUAUAAAUACUGAAAUGAUCCUGAAAGACAUUGAAGAAUGCUAUGAUCUCAGUGUGGUUGAACCUGUAUGUAGCUGUCUUAAAUUCCUAGCUAAAAGGAGAGGUGCAUUCAACAGGUUAUCUUUUCACCUAAAUGAUGAACUGACAUUAUUAAAACAUAUAUCUGCAUUCUGUGUCAAAUUUCUGCCAUGUGAAAUAAACUGUUGUCCAAAUGAACUGCAGUAUGAAAUAUUUAGAUCUACACAGGAAGACUUGGCUUAUAGAGGUGAAGAUGAUUGGAUGGACUUGGCUGUUGUAGACUCCCUUCCAUAUCUCUACUUCCUACAAUACAAGACCUACAACAGCCUAAGAAGACAUGAGGAUAAACAGAGAGCCCUUUCUAACCUUGCCAAGACCAUUGAUGAGGAACCCAACCUUGGACACAGGGAAACAGCCUUGAACUUGCUUGGACAGUGCAUGGAACAAGAAGAAAGACAUAAUGAUGCUUUAAGGUGCUAUGUGAGAUCUCUUCAGGUACGGAGAAGAAACAAUGCUGCAAAGAUCCACAUUUGUAGACUUUUAAGCACAUUGAUAAAUCAUUAACUGGCAGCGUCCCGUUUUGGUUAAGUUUUUGUAUGUAAGCUGGUUUUGUUCGUUUGUUUUGGGUUUAACGCCGUUUUUCAACAGUAUUUCAGUCAUAUAACGGUGGGCAGUUAACCUACCCAGUGUUCCUGGAUUCUGUGCCAGUACAAACCUGUUCUCCGCAAGUAACUGCCAACUUCCCCACAUGAAUCAGAGGU